AAUGUUUGGAGGAAAAUCCUUGGGAUCGUUGUGCAGAUAGAGUGAAUUGAUUUUCGUUCUGGAGAGUAUAGUAAAAUGACGGCUCAUGAUCAAAUAAGGGCGAUGUUAGAUCAGUUGAUGGGAACUGGUCGAAAUGGGGGGCUUCCGCGCUUAAUACAAGUAUUGAGAGUAAAGGGCAGCUGAGAGCAGCACACGGGAAAACAACAGGUUCCAAGUGAAGUUUUCAGACCCCAAGGUGUGCAAAAGCUUCCUGCUCAGCUGCUGUCCACAUGAGAUUCUAUCAUCUACGGAAGAUAAAAUAUAAUUUGACACACCAUGUGGAUAGUUUAGAGGAAUUUUGUCACCAUUACAUCAUACGGCGACACCAUUCGAGUUUGAAGAUAUUUGUGACAGUCUCGGAUGGAUCUGGGAGAAUGCCCAAAAAUACAUGAUCUGGCACUUCGUGCUGACUAUGAAAAGGCCAGCAAAACAAAGGACUACUUCUAUGAUAUUGAUGCAAUGGAGCAUCUGCAGACAUUCAUUGCAGACUGUGAUCGUCGAACAGAGCUAGCAAAGCAGCGUUUGGCAGAAACACAGGAAGAAUUGUCAGCAGAAGUGGCUGCAAAAGCUAAUAAGGUUCAUGAGCUUGCGGAGCAAAUUGGCAAGAAGUUAGCACGUGCAGAACAGUUGGGUGCAGAAGGUCUUGUUGAAGACAGUAUGAAGUUGAUGGAGGAGAUUGAAGACCUGAGAAAGAAGAAAAGUGCUGCUGAGAGCGAAUAUCGCAAUUCGAUGCCUGCUAGUAGUUACCAGCAACAGAAACUCAGAGUUUGUGAAGUAUGUUCAGCUUAUCUUGGAAUACAUGAUAACGAUCGCAGAUUGGCAGAUCAUUUUGGUGGAAAGUUGCACCUUGGUUUCAUUAAAAUUCGCGAGAAGCUUGCUGAAUUAGAGAAAACUGUAGAAGGACGGAAACUGCAGAUGCGCCAGUCAUUGAAGGACAGAGAUCGUGACCGUGAGAGCCGUGAGCGUGAAAGGCUCCGUGAAAGAGAUCGUGAAAGGGAACGAGAACGGGAGCGUGGUCUCAGUGGUGGCUCAAGUAGGCACAGCCGUGACAGGGAAAGAGAGCGGGAGAGAGACAGAGACAGAGAAAGAGACCGGGAUAGAGACCGGGAGCGUCGUCACAGACACGGCAGCCGUUCUCGCAGUCGGGGAGAUAAACGUUCACGCUCACGCUCAAAGUCGCACAGCUCCAGAUCACAUCGGUCACGUAGCAGCAGUCGAUCUAGACGUUCACACCGUUCCCGCUCUGGUGACAGGAAGGAUAGAUCACGUUCCCGUGACAGGAAAAGGGAAAAUUAUGAACAUUCUUGACAGUUCCAGCACUAAUUUUGGAGGACUAUAGCUUUCUUAAUUUCAGUUGUAUUUUAAAGACACCAUAUACCAGUUGUUAAUAAUAUUCGUACAUUUUUGUUACUGUUCAAAAUAAAUUAGUGUGCUAGUA